UGUUAACAGCUGGUCUGUUAUUCGCCAUCGGAUCAUAUCAAAUCGGGGAAAGGUGAAGAGCGCUGGGGAUGGUUGCCCAUCGAGCAGGAGGAACGAAGGUACAGGCGUCGGAGCGUUGUGGCUCAGGAGGGAUUUAAAUUUGCGCGACUUGAAAAUCCAUGGAGCUUCACAUCCAGCUAGCUCAGGCCGUCCACGUCCUCAACCACGACACGCAGUCCUGUAAUCGCGUCGCCGCUAAUCAGUGGCUUGUUCAAUUCCAGCACACCGAUGCCGCUUGGGAAGUCGCCACCUCCAUCCUCACAUCCCAUCAUCAACACCUACUCCCUUCGGGCUACGAGGUUGAGUUUUUCUCAGCUCAGAUUCUCAAGAGAAAGAUAGAAAAUGAAGGACAUAAUUUGCAUUCUGCAGCCAAGGACACUCUUCUGAACGCUCUUCUUUUAGCUGCCAAAAGAUUUUGUUCGGGCCCUUCUCAGCUCCUAACCCAAAUCUGUCUGGCAAUCUCUACGCUUGUCCUACAUGCUGUAGAGCAUCGAAAGCCCAUUGAGCAGCUCUUCUACAGCCUGCGAAAUUUACAAAGCCAGGGUAAUGGAAAUGCGGCUGUUUUGGAAAUGCUGACUGUCUUGCCUGAAAUUGUAGAGGAUCGAAAUAGUAAUUGCAGUAUAUCAUCUGCUCGCCGCAAUGAGUAUGGACAAGAGCUUCUGACACAUACUCCUAUGGUACUUGAGUUUCUAAUGAAGCAAUUUGAGGAGGGCUUUGACCACCACGUUCAACCCCAUGACAGGACCCGGAAAUUAUUGCGGUGCUUGCUAAGCUGGGUUCGAGCUGGGUGUUUUUUGGAGAUUCAUCCUGCAUCUUUGCCUGCCCAUCCACUUUUCAACUUUGUUUUCAGUUCCUUACAGGUUCCAUCUUCAUUUGAUAUGGCUGUUGAAGUUCUGAUUGAGCUUCUGAGUCGACAUGAGGAACUCGUUCUAGCAGAAUUGGAAUGUGAAAAUGUUAAAAUUUUGGAUGUCCUGUGUGGUGCUACAGGCAGUUACUUAGUUUCCACAUUUAAUAAGUUUAGUUUCCUCGUGAUCCAACUUUUGUUCAAGGACACAAAACGAGAAAAGGGUGUGCCACAGUUGCUACUGUACCGAAUCGGCUUUCUCAAGGAAGUUCUUCUUUUUCCUGCUCUUAAAAGUGGAAAUGAGAAAGUAAUAGCAGGGCUUGCCUGCUUGAUGUCAGAAAUUGGACAAGCAGCACUCUUUAUGAUUGUGGAUGCAAACAUGGAAGCACUUGCACUAGCAGAUGCCCUUUUGAGUUGUGUAUCAUUUCCAAGUGAAGAUUGGGAGAUUGCAGACUCAACUUUGCAGUUUUGGUGUAGCCUUGCUGGUUACAUUCUCGGGCUUGAAGUGGAUAAUGCUGAUAAAAGGAAAGAUUUGGAGGACCGCUUUGUUCCUAUUUUUUCAGCAUUGGUUGAUGCUCUUAUGUUGCGGGUUCAGGUUGAUGAUUCCACGUAUAAUGAUAAUGGGAAAACACUUGACUUUCCCAGCGGUCUCGAACAAUUUAGGAUGAAUUUAGUUGAACUUUUGGUGGAAACUUGUCAGCUUUUGGGAUCUGUUUUAUUUAUUCAGAAGGUCUUCCAUGGAAAUUGGAUAUUGUCUGUAACUGAUAUUUGUUGGAAAAUGGUAGAAGCCAAGUUAUUCAUGCUUAAUGCGGUUGCUGACGUUGUUCUAAAGGAGGGUCAUCAUUUGGAUAACUCUAUUAUUAUGCAAUUGGUGAUGAUUUUGUCCAACAAGACACCUGCUGAACUCAGGGGAUUUAUGUGCCUUGUAUACAAAUCCCUUGCAGAGGUUGUUGGAUCCUAUGCUAGGUGGAUGUCUGCCUCUGAGACAAACACGAGAUUGUUGAUAUUAUUCUUUGGUGCUGGUAUUCCUCAACCAUUUUGUUCAAGUGCUUGUGCUUAUGCAUUUCGCAAAUUUUGUGAAGAAUCCACUCCAAUGAUGCGUGAACCGUCCAAUUUGGAAAUCUUAAUUUGGAUAGCGGAGGGAUUGGAACGCAGAAGGUUACCCUUGGAGGAUGAGGACGAAGUAGUUGGUGCCAUCAUCCUGAUCUUCUGUUCUGUCCCUGACAAGAAGCUGAUGAAUAGCUUGUUUGCUCGAUUGCUUUCUCCAUCUUAUGAAAUUAUUGGAAAACUUACCAAUGAAGAUCAUGGGCAUGCGACAGAAAAUCCAUCUGCUUAUGUGGAAUCAAUCAACUCAGCAGGAAGAGGGCUGCAUAGGAUUGGAACUGUAUUCUAUUAUUGUGCAACACAUUUAUCGUCUGGUCUGGGUCCAGAUGAGUCCGUGCAUGGCUUACUUGAGGUGUUCUGGCCAGUGCUUGAGAAGCUCUUUGCUUCUGAACUCAUCGCAAAUGCAAGCUUGUCUACAGCUGCUUGCAGGGCUCUUGCACUAGCAAUCCAGGCGUCAGGUCCAAUGUUUGGGGCGCUACUGCCUAAGGUGCUCGACUCUAUGUCAACCAAUUUUAUGUCAUUUCAGAGUCAUGAAUGCUACAUAAGAACAGCUCUUAAUUUUGUAGAGUCGAGAAAGCAUUCUAAGAAGGGGAUCUGCAUGUCUACUCCUUUGCAUGCUUCUGUCAUUGUUGAAGAAUUUGGAGGUAAAGAGGAAUAUGGACCUCUAUUGAUCAGGACGUUUGAACGAUUUACCUCUUCAGCCUCAGUAAUGGCUCUUACUUCAUCAUAUAUCUGCGAUCAAGAACCUGAUCUGGUUGAGGCCUACACAAAUUUUGCAUCUGCAUAUAUGCGCAGUUGUCGAAAGGAAGUAUUAGCUGCUUCUGGUUCUCCUUUUGAACUAUCCUUACAGAAGGCAGGAAUUUGUUGUACAGCUUUGCAUCGGGGUGCUGCUCUAUCAGCCUUGUCAUAUAUGACCUGUUUCUUGGAUGUUGGCUUUGCUUUCUUAGUGGAACCUGAAGCUUCUCCAUCUGAUAUAGCUGUUCAAGAUAUGGUGAUAAAGGUCAUAUCUGUCAGUGGUGAGGGUCUCAUAUCGAAUUUGGUGUAUGCGCUACUUGGUGUAUCCGCAAUGUCAAGGGUUCACAAGACGACAACUAUUCUCCAGCAAUUGGCAGCAAUGUGCAGUUUAAGUGAAGGGACGAAGUGGAAAGCUCUUCUUUGCUGGGAAAUUUUACAAAGAUGGCUUUAUUCUGCUUUACAGGUGCUGCCUUGUGAGUAUCUAAAACUGGGUGAGGCUGAAUCAUUAGUGCCGAUUUGGGUGAAGGCACUUGUUUCUGCAGCAUCAGACUAUGUUGAGAGCAGACGAUGUGGAGAAUUAAGUAAUCAUGAGCAUAUGCGAGGGAAAGGGGGCAGAGUUCUAAAACGGUGGAAAAGAAGAGGAAUAAUGGAGGGAUGCAAAAUGGUGUGGAUUAAUGCCGCAGAAAAAAAUCACGAUAUUGAAGUGAUUGCGAGCAAGAAAUUUGAUAGAGUUUUCAAAGAGAAGAGGUCAAGAAAAGAUGAAGCAAACAUGCAUGUGCCCUCGAACAGGACAGAUGGGCAACAGAUGUGCUCCUCAAUCUAUCACUUGCUGGCAAUUCUUUUACCAACCAUGAAAUCAGUUGAGGAAUGUGGCUCACAAUGA